UUGAAAAUCGGGGUACUAGCCGUACAGGGUGACUUUGCCGAGCACAUUGCCGUUUUACGGCGGCUCAACGUUGAAUGCCGGGAAGUCCGGUUGCCGGAGCACCUUGAAGGUAUCGACGGCCUGAUUGUCCCCGGAGGCGAAAGCACCACCCUCAGCCGGUUGAUGAGCAUCUAUCACCUGCGGGAGCCUGUGGUUGCCAUGGCGCAGGCUGGCAAGGCCGUGUGGGGCACCUGCGCCGGUAUGAUAAUGCUGGCCCACGAAAUCACCGAAGCCGACCCCGUUCCCCUGAAGAUUAUGGACAUUGGCGUGCAGCGUAACGCCUUCGGCCGCCAGAUUGACAGCUUCGAACAGGACCUGGAUAUUCGAGGGUUGGAGCCGGGCCCAUUUCACGCCAUAUUCAUCCGAGCUCCGGUGGUCAAUCGCCUGGGGGCCCAGGUCAAGACUCUGGCAGCCCUGCCCAACGGCCAGGCCGUAGCGGUGCGGCAGGGAAACCUGAUGGCAACGGCAUUCCAUCCCGAACUGACCGACGAUACCCGUUUGCACCAGUAUUUCCUGGAUCUGGCUUCCAGGUCCGAGGCGGCCUCACCCCCCGGUGGGGAAGGCUGA